CGUCUAAACAAUAUACACCAACAUCCAGGCAUCCAAACGAACCAACUGCGCCCCCCACCCAACCUCCGGCCAUGGCGAAAACCAUCCGCAGAUCCAGUGCCUCCACCACAACAAACUUCUGCGAUCUACCCGAAAGCGUGCUCCUCCACAUCCUCUCUUUCCUCCCCAUUAAAGACGCCGUCACCACCUCUUCCCUAUCAAAGGCCUGGCGCUACCUGUGGGCCCACUCCCCCACUCUCCGCUUCCACCAGCCCCUCAUCACUCCCGACCCCACCGCUAUAGACGGCUGGAUCUUCUCAUCCUUCGUCCAUCAAGUCCUUCAUCGCCACCACCAAUCAAAUCUGCAAUCCCUCCACAUCCAAUUCGACUACGCCAAUCAAGCCCUCGCUCCUCACAUUGAUACAUGGAUCCUAAUUGCCGCCCGCAACAACAUCCGAGAGCUUCAUCUCGACCUCUCCGGCGACUGGCGCGACGACCAUAACUCCCAUAACCCCCGCUACAAUCUCCCGCUCUCCUUCCUCAGAUCGGUGCCCAUCAGCGUCUUGAAGAUCUCCAGAUGCAAUCUCGUUCCCGCAGGUGGGGCUCCCUUCCGCUUUCUCCGGACUCUGUUCCUCAGCGACGUUGAAUUGACGGACGAGACUGUCUCGGGCCUCAUUGACGGAUGCCAGGAAUUGGAGAAUUUGACAUUGGAGUCUUGUUAUGGCAUCAAACAUCUGAAGAUUUCAUCAAUGCGGCUUAAGGAUCUUGCUAUCAAAUUCUAUAGGGGAAAAAAUAGCUUGGUCGAAAUCGAUGCGCCGAAUCUGGCAUCGUUCUGUUGCAUGCAUUACAUUGCUGAUGAAUUCCGUUUCAAGGACAUGUUGUCGCUCGUCAAUGCAUUCGUGCACUUCGAGCAUGAAGCAGAGUGUUUUCAUAGUUGGAGGAAUAUUGUGAAGUUUCUUAGUCAUGUCAGGAAUCUUACGACGUGGAAUUGGUGGGGUGAGGAAAGAUACACAGGCAUGUUCUUCGAGGAUGUUUUUCCUGGCAGUCUGCCACAAACAGGAGAGGUCCUGGAGAAGCUUUUUCCUGGAAGUCUGCCACAGCUUAAGACAGGCGAAUUCUUAGAGAAGUUUUUUCCUGGCAGUCUACCACGGCUCACGACUAGUGAUUUCUUCGAGAAAUUUUUUCCUGGCUGUUUACCAUCCCUCAAGGUAUUUAAGAUAAGUGCAUUCAGAGGAACAGAGAAUGAACUAGAGCUGGUGAAAUUUUUGCUUAAGCAUGGGAUGGCAUUGGAGGAGGUGAUUUUCGACCCUAAUGACAAGUAUGGAUUUACGGACCAACCUCCACCUGAAUUUUUGGCGGAACGAUUUCAAGAAGUGCGAGCUUUUCCAAGAUACUCUUCACAUACUAAAAUAUUGCUCCUGUAGACAGUUGUCAGGUAUUAUAGAAACUUCUA